CUUGUCUGCGGUCUCGGCUGCAGAUUGCUUGGUGCGGUCGGCCGUGUCAGCCAUCGUCCUCUUCGCUUCCUCGGUCUUCUGGGCGGUGGCGUCGUAUCCCUUGUUGUACUGGUUGCUGGCCAUGGUUUCAGAAAUGGACACUCAAAGACCGCUCAAGAACUGAGAUGUAGACGUAGAACUGAACUGAACUGAAUCAAUGCACUGAGAAAAACGUCUUGAAUCUGAAAUUCUGCUAUCGGAAUGGACAAAUGCACGUGGAUGAAAUAGGAGAGAUUGCGUUGAACUGAUUGUAGCUCGAGAAUGGGCAGCGGUACUUAUACAGGAGUCACUGAACUGCAGAACUGAAGUCGAGAAUGGGCAAGGAAUGAGAGCUGGACACGUAUAUGACACUUGUCACCGUCACAAGAGCCAGAAGGUGACGGAGCUCCAACGACAUUACUAUUGAGCUGAUCAUGCGACGUAGCGAAAGUGCAGCAUUUCAGGGCCUCGUCCAAUGGCAGUGCUGUGAGAUGCAAGGCAGGUCUGGUGUUGUUCUUCUAAGCGUGUGCACCGCAAUCUGCUUGAGCAAGAUUGAGCUGGCCACACCACAGCUUAGGUUUGAGCUUGAACAGAACUACACAUCCACGAGAUUACCCUGCUUGGUGGGUGACUUGAGUCUACCAAGCAAAAUUGUAUGCAUGACCACGUGGUUAAAAGCCACUGGUUCUAUAACUAAUCUCACAUUGAAGAUGAGAAUUUUCCUCGAAGAGCCUGCAAAGUUUUGAAGUAGUCAAUAUGCCAAGAGUUGACCUAGCAAAUACCUUAACCAUCUUGGCUGCAUCUAUCUGGGUCAUACCGAGAAAUCAACAUGUUUCUCAUAAAAUAGGAGACCAUCUUGACCACCAUACAGUAAUGUACAUAUGGGAGAGAAUGAUAUGACCCUCAACACUCGGAACAUAGUUCAUUUGACUCCUGUAUAGGUCCCGCAUGCGAAAAAGAAAAUAAAACUUCAAUUCUAUCACAUUCAACACAGCGGACCCCGAUACUAUGUGAAGUAGGUAAACUAGAAGAUUUCAAACAUACAGAGGCAAGUUUGAUGCGUUAUGAUCAGGCCUCCUUAAAUUCCGAGCAUAUCACGGGCGACGAAAAUUU